AAAAAGUAAUUGAUGAAGCUAAAUCAGAUUAUAAAAUAUAUUUUUUCAGUUUUAAUAAUAAGAUAGAUUUAAGCACAAAUCAUUCAAGAAUGUAAAAAUCAAAAACGGUAUUAUGACUUAUCUUUAUAAAGCUGUGGAGAUUGUUAAUAAUUUUGUAAUUCUUGUACAGGUUCCAAUAGUUGUUUUAGUUGUUAGGAGUCAUAUUAUUAGGACAAUACUUCAAAAUAAUGUGUAAAAUAAUGUCAAAACAAUUAAUUUUAACAAGAAUACUUUUAGAGGUGUAUUGAUUGUGGAAUAGAUAAUUGCUAAAAAUGCGAAUUUAAAACUAAAAAAUGUUAGGAAUGUAAAAAAGGAUGGUAGUUAUCAUAAGACCAGCGCUUUUGUUAGAAAGAAGAAUGUCUUGAAAAUGAGUUUUACAGCUAUAAUAAAGAAUCAGGUUUUUGUACAACUAAUUGUCCUGAGUCAACAGAUGAAGAUUUAAAACUUUGCGUUAGUCUAAAAAAAUUUAGUAGAAUUAAAAUGGCUGCUCCUACAAUUAAUUAAAUUAACAUAAACUUGUUAUUUUAUUAUCAAAGAUCAAAUGGGGAUUAACUUGUAAUAGCUCUUGAUAAAUAAUAUGCAGUGUUCUACUCAUUUAAAGAUUUGAUUCCUAUUUUUUAGAUAAAUUUAUUAUCAGAUUAUUAUCAAGCUUUUCAAAAUAAUGGCACUAUUUUCUUAGUAUCUCAAGCUGAGAUAUAAGAAAUUGAUUUAGAGGAAGGAAAAAUUUAAAUUACUAAAUAAUUUCAAAAAUAAGGUUUAUGGGGUUUUUCUUAAUAUAAUUUCUACUAAUAUUUAACUUAUAAUUUUUAAAUUUAUAACUUUCAAACAUAAUCACUUAAAAAUUAUACUUUUUAGAAUGCUGAAAAUGUUUCCUUUAACUUCUAUUACUUUUAAUAAAAUGAAAACUAAAAUAAAUAAGAUUAAACUUAAAAUAAUACUGAUUAUAUAGAUGAAUAACAAAAUUCCUCAAAUAAUAGUACAAUAGAUGAAUUAGGAUGCUCAAUUCCUUUAGAAACUGAAUAAAAGUUAGAAAUAAUAAAAUCUAAUUAAAUUAUAUUUGAUAGAGAUAUUUUAAUUGAAAAUAAGUAAGUAUAAGAAUAAAAAGUAUUUUAAUUUGAAUAAAAGUUUAUGGCUUACGAGUUGCAAAAUUUAAACAAAGUAAUUCUUGUUUCUUAAUAAUAAACAUUACUAUUUGACUUAAAUAAGGGAAUUAUUUUUCUACGUUUAAAUGAAAUAUUAGAAAACAAUCUAAUAGAGGUUUUUGAAUGGGAUGAUAAAGUUAGAUUUAUAAUUAGAAAAGUUGGCUACUUUAAAGGUCUUUAUUAAUCAGUUGUUAUUUGUUCUAAUCUAGUAUAUAAUAAGACAACUGAAAAAUAUAAUUUUUAAUAUGUAAAUUGA